AUGGCUUCCCAAGGCAUAUUCAACACUAACGAAUACCACACUGACGAAUACCACACCGACGAGUACGGUACCGACGAGUACUAUACCAGCGAGUACGAUACUGGAGAGGGCGAUACCGACGAGUACCACACUGAUUCCGAAAGCAUGACUUCUGGUCGCACUAGACCUGGUGAAGGUUUGGACGAAAGCUUGACAAGAAAUGCAGAGAAGAGUGUGUUCGACCACUCGAAGGAGUUCCUGCCCUAUGGGACUAUCGAUGGCAUCAUCACACGCGAGAUAGUACGCGGCAGGUUAAAGUCACGGAGAGGCCAUUCUUCCACGGAGACUCAGGAGAGCCGCCAAGAGGAUCAAGCCACUGUGGAGAGUCUCGCGGACUCCAUCUUGAGGAGCAGGAAGAAAACUUUUGCAAUCACACUUUACGCAAACCUCGGCAACAAGGAUUUCCGCGAGGCGAUGACCCUAUUUCAUUCCCUUGGUUUCAAUGAUGACAACUUACCUCUGACUGGAGAUGCCACCACACGCAUUUUCUUCUCUUCCACCACCAAACGAUACAGAAGGCCGUGGAACCAUUUCCGAGUGGAUGCCUUCUGUUCAAAUCAGUGGAGAUUUCUCGCACCUGUCUUUGACAGCAAGCAAAGCGAGUUGGCAUUGCACACAAAUCAUAUCCUUCCAUUUACGUGGGCAAUGCAACGAGGGGCAGGGAUGUUUGGUGAGGUGCACGAGGUCACUAUCCACCCUGCCCAUGGGAAGAAUGUGGUCCACAAUUCCAACGUCGCAGUCAAAAGAUUGCAACGCACCAACGCCCAAGACCGGGACACGAGGAAGGAGCUCGAAGAUGCAUGGCGCAAGGAAGUCGAAGCACACCAAGAGAUUGCCAAGUGUGGCCAUUCAAACGUUAUUCGAUUCAUCACAGCCAUCACUAGAGAGCAUGACCGCUAUCUAAUGUUCGAAUGGGCAGAUGGGGGAAACUUGCGCGAGUUCUGGCUCAACCAUAACCAUCGACUCACUAGAACCCUGGUCAAAGACGUCAUGCUACAGGUUUAUGGACUGGCUGAUGCAUUGGAGCAGAUACAUUCAAGGGGCUUUCGGCAUGGUGAUAUGAAGCCUGAAAACAUCCUUCGUGUCAAGACUCCGAGACGCGAUCCUUCGAAGGUUGAUGUCGGGACACUGAAAAUAUGUGACAUGGGCCUGACCAAAUACCACUACUUGGCCACCCAACUUCGAGAAGCAGCAACGAACACCAAAUUCACCACCUGGAGAUACGAGCCCCCGGAAGCAACUGAAAAGGGAAGCGCCUGGUCGCGAAGGUACGACACAUGGUCUAUUGGCUGCAUCAUUCUGGAAUUCAUCAUUUGGAUGGUCUACGGGAUCAAGGAACUCCAGAAUUUCAACGACAGGGUUGCGAACGAAUUCGGCAAGCAAGUUCAUUACUUCGAACUGGAGGGAACCAAUGGCGGAACGUCCUUCAGGGUCCAUGCCGCAGUGACGGCCAUGAUGGACAAGCUCGCCCAACAUCCCCAGUGCAUCGCUGGAGAAACUGCCUUGGGCGACCUCCUGAAGGUAGUCAGGAAGAGAUUGCUGGUGGUAUCGUUGGGUCCCUCCAAUGGGAAUGGCAGCACUCCCCAAGUCGGUACUAACGCACAGUCUCCAUCACGCGCUGAUUCUAUGACUCUGAAGAAGGAGCUCGACGGCAUCAUCCGGAAGGGGAACCAGAAUGGAUUCUACUGGCUAAAAGGUUCAGGUGUGUUGCUCAUGUGGUCUCUGUUCCGAUAUCGCCACGUAUGGCUGAGAAGUCUUCAGCUGAAUCACAUCUGGGAGUUUCCCGUUGACAAUUAUUUUGCUACGAACAUCGUCAACAACAUCAGCACAUCGGUACUUGCCGCGGAUGGAACAAACUCAAACAUCACGUGUACCAAAUGUCGCAAGCUCGAAUUUUGGACGCCUCAUUUCAGCAUUGAAGACAGAUGGGACGAGCUGGAAGCGAGUCGACACACUUGCGACUUUUGCAGAAUGCGAUGGCAGAUCUGCAGCCAUCUUGAUCGACAACAGUUUCCAGUUCUCAGGUUUGAUCGCGAUCAAUCCAUGCUGAAGCUGAACGGGACGUACCCGCCUGUGCUCUCUAUACGACGAGGUCAAGAGCCACAGAACAGCAAAACGAGUCACAUCCAGAUCGGAUAUCCACUGCUCCCCGAUCGUGCGAGCGAGUCUCAGUUCAAUAUUCUUCGCCAGUGCCUGAUUGACUGCAAUAUUGAUCAUCCUCAAUGUCGACCUCAGAAACUCGGGUCCUUGCCUACAAGGCUCAUUCAUGUCGGUCUCAACGACUCUGACACCAUCAAUCUCUGUGAAACUCGACCUACGGACAAAUUCGAGUACAUUGCCCUGUCCCACCCAUGGGGUGAAGGUCCACACUUCUGUACUACCUUGGCCAACGUUGAGGAAUACCGGGAAAAGAUCGAUUUCGGAGAGCUUCCCGCUAUGUUCCAAGACGCUAUUGUCACUACCCGAAAACUCGGGCUUGAGUACCUCUGGAUCGACUCAAUUUGCAUCAUCCAGGGAGAAGGUGGAGAUUUUCACCGGGAAGCCAAGCGGAUGGAAGAUGUGUUUAGCUCUGCGUUCUGCGUGAUCGCGGCAAGCAGCGCACAGGGGCAGCAUGACGGCUUCCUGAAUCGACGAAGGCAGAACCGCGAAUGCUUGAUAUUUGAACAUGCGGGACUGCCCCCGCUGUAUGUGAGCCGCUUCAUGGACGACUUCAACAAAGACGUGCUUGAGUCGCCACUGAGCAAGCGUGGCUGGGUAUUGCAGGAGAGGGCAUUGGCACGGAGAACGAUCUAUUUCACGGACAGCCAGACGUACUGGGAAUGUGGAAGGGGUGUCAGGUCGGAGAUGCUUACCAAAAUGGACAACAAACUCGCUUCCUUCCUCGGCGACCCCAACUUCCCAUCCAAGCUGUCCAACGACGCGACCAUCCGCGGCGUGAAGAUUCGCCUCUACGAGGACCUCUACCGACAGUACACCCGCCUCCAAUUCACACGCAUCUCAGACCGACCCAUUGCCAUCGCCGGGCUCGAGAAGAGGCUCGUACGUGAUCUUCAGGCACAAGGCGGCUUCGGGGUCUUUGACGACGGACGGAGUCUCUUCCACCGCAGCCUUCUCUGGCAGCGUGGCCGCGAGGUUCCGCCCAUGGCUAGGAUCCCCUCAGUUCCGUCGCUUCCCGUUCCAAGUUGGUCGUGGAUGGGAUACGAUGGCGGCAUCGACUUCGUCGACCUCCCACUCGGGGGAGUCCAGUGGUCCACGGAUGCAAUUAAGAGCCCCUGGGCGACUGGAGGACCAGACACAUGGCAUACCGGAGAUGGUAAAGAGUUUGUGGAGCUGACAGCCAGGGCAAGGCCGUUCGAACUAAGGAGUACGGGACUGGCAGCCCCUGAUGAGGUUGAGAUUGUGUGUGAUAGUCAAGAUUGGAUGGAUCUGGAGAACAAGGACCUGAUGUGCGUGGUGGUGGGCAGGGAGAAGAAGAGCAACUUCGACAUCGAGGAAAUGGCGCACUUUGUUCUCGUCAUUACAAGGUCCAAGGAGCCAUUGGUGUCAAAAGAAGGGAUCACGAAUGAUGACGGGAACUUUGAGGCCUCGGGGGCCGGAAAGACUUGGACGGGGAAGAAAGUCAUCCUGGCCACUGGGGUUGGGGACAUCUUUCCUGAUAUUCCGGGCUAUGCUGAAUGCUGGAUUUCGGCAAUUUUCCACUGCCUUUAUUGUCAUGGGUGGGAAGAGAAGGACAGCCCAUCUGCAGGCAUGCUUGCCGAGGGCGACACAGGCAACGUCGUGGUCGCCUUGCACUUUGCCCGUCAAGCCCUUCGCAUUUCAAAACAAGUGACGCUGUACACGAACGGAAACGAAGGACUGGCCAAGCAAUUGAAAGACGCUAUCGCCAAAGCUCCAGCUCCGAUGACGGUAGAGUCCAAGAAGAUCGAGAAGCUUGCCAAGGGCCCGGAGCGGUCCCAGGUCGUGCUGCAUUUCGAGGAUGGCACCAGCAAGACGGAGGCCUUCCUGGCCCACCAACCCAAGACCAAACUACGAGGGUCGCUGAAUCAGCAACUCGGGCUCGAGGUUGCGCCGCAGGGCAAUAUUAAGGUCAACCAGCCGUUCAACCAGACUUCAUUCAAGGGUGUCUUUGCCGCAGGGGACUGUUCCUCCCCCAUGCAGACCGUCACGGCCGCUCUUCACUCGGGAACAUGUACCGGCGGCGGCGCACCGUUGCAAAUACAGGCCGAGACGUUUAAUCAGCCGGCACUAUUCUGA